AUGGAAUCAUCAAGUCAAUCUUCAAAUUAGUUAGAACUAUAUAGCUGGGGCUUAAAUAAAGGUGGAUAGUUGGGUAUUGGUUAAACUAAAGCAAGAUGUGAAAUGCUGCCUAAAAAAGUUAAGUUAUAAAAUCCAGCAGAUGUUUCUACCUUUUCAAAUAGUUCAAUCUGCGUAACGAAGAGCGGGAAAAUAUUUGGUUGGGGAAAUAAUUAAAAAAAUCGACUAGGAAACUUCUCAGGAGGUGAUAAUUCAGCUUCUCCAGUUGAAAUAAAACUUACUUAAAAGAUAAUAUAGGUAUCAUGUGGACAGUAUCAUAGUUUGCUCUUGACCCAUGAUGGUCUUUGUCUAAGUGCUGGUCAAAACAAAUCAGGAGAGCUAGGAAGAGAAGGAAGUGAUGCUUCGUUUGAUUUCAUAGAUUGUAAGCUACCAUUAAGAAGUGUUGAAGCAGGCUUUAGUGUGUCAUUUUACAUUACAAUAGAAAACUAACUUUUGACUUCAGGUAAAAAGAGUCUGAAUACUCUCAACAAAGAUAUCAAAAUACCUUCGCUUGUAAAGUUCUUUUCAAAUGGUGUUCAUUAAAUCUAAUGCGGAUAUAACCAUGUAGGUUGCAUUGAUUAAAUUAAUGAUCUCUACAUGUGGGGUAAUAACUAGAACUCAAAGCUUGGUGUAAGAUCAAAAGCUGAGUUUGUUGAUUAGCCUACAUUGGUCAAAUAUCUGAAAGAAAAAGAUGUGAAAAUUAGCUAAGUUUCCUGCACUAUGGGGGAAAGGCAUGGUCAUACAGGCUGUGUUAGUGUAGAUGGAAGAGCUUUCUUCUGGGGUGAUCCUUACAAGGGCAAGUUAGGUAACUUGUAAGCUGGGUGGACUCAUGAGAAGGAAGAUAAUGAAGAUGUAGAAAAUCCAUUUGAGCUUGAUCUCUCAACCAUUGGUAAAGCAAAGAAAGUAUUAUGCGCUGGUAUACACUCAGGCUUAUUGACUGAAGAUGGUAAGUUAUAUACUUUUGGUUGUGGAUCUGAUGGCAGACUUGGACAUCCUGACUAUGAAGGAUCGACCUACCUUUACAAAGAAAGUAUUCCUAAAUUGGUUGAGUUUUUCAAUGAAUACUUUAUUGAAGAUGUAACCUCAAGUUAUUAUUGGAAUUAUGCUAUUGUGAGAAAAUUAUGA